AUGAAUUCAUCCCUCUCACUUUCAUUCAAUCAACCAAAGUUUUGUCCAACACUCAUUUGGGAUUCCAUUGGAAUUACUUUUGCUAAUCAAUCGAUUGUUGGUGAAUAUCCUCUCGCCAUUUUUGUGAGCACAAACAACACAAUCUAUGUCGCUAAUAAAGAAAAUAACACAAUUGUAGUAUGGCACGAAGAGAGUGUCAAUCCAACAAAGAUCAUUUCAGGUAAUUUCACAGAACCCAAUUCUCUCUUCGUGACAUCGAAUGGUGACAUUUACAUUGGUGAUGGCGAGAAGAAUGGUCGAGUACAGAAAUGGGUCAUAGAAACAAAUACUUUUGUCACAGUGAUGAAUGUUAGUUUUCCAUGUGAUGGUUUGUUUGUCGAUAUCAAUGAUACUCUUUACUGUUCAAUGGCUGAGCAUAAUCAAGUAAUGAAAAGAUCAUUAAAUGAUGCAGUGAUGGCUUCAGAUUGUGUUGCUGUUGGAACAGGUAUUUACGGAGAUGACUCGAAUCAACUCGAUAAUCCAUAUGGAAUCUUUGUCGAUAUGAAUUUUGAUUUAUAUGUAGCAGAUUGUGGAAAUGACCGAGUUCAGUUGUUCCAGUCGGGAGAAUCAAAUGGCAUCACAGUAGCUGGAAGUACAUCACUAAAUCCAACAAUUAUGCUGAGUAAUCCAAGUGGAAUUAUAUUAGAUGCUGAGAAAUAUUUAUUCAUUGUGGAUUAUGGCAAUAGUCGCAUUGUUGGUUCAGAUGUGAAUGGCUUUCGAUGUUUGGUUGGAUGUUACGGAAUGGGUUCACAAUCCAAUCAAUUGGCUAAUCCAUUUAGUUUGAGUUUUGAUCGUUCUGGAAACAUGUUUGUUACUGAUCAAGACAAUGAUCGAAUUCAAAAAUUUCAAUAUUUCGAAGAAUCAUGUGGUGAGUUUAGAAUGAUCGAAUAA